AUGGUGGUCAAAGGGAAAGAAACAGCAAGAUCGGUUGGAUAUACGACAACGUCACACAUCGACGGUCACGUUACUUCCAUCAAACUUGAAGUCAACCGCGACGAUGGGCGUGCCCGGCCUCUGGAAGGCGCGUUUUCCUCUCGAAACCUUACUCACCUAGGAACAACACCUCCACAGGAACUAGAGCCCGCGUCCACCGUCCGCUCACUGACACAUCUCGCGGUCCAAGAAGGUUUCGUGGCCAACCCUGAUGGGAAACGCGGGUUCCGUGUUGGGAUUGACGCAAGCAUCUGGUUCUUCCAUGCAGAAUACGGGAAGGAGGGCGAGAACCCAGAGCUGCGGACGAUGUUUUUCCGCUGUGCCACCCUCAUGCACGCGCCGUUCCUGCCACUUUUCGUGUUUGACGGGAAACACCGACCCACCUGGAAGCGCGGCAAGAGGAUCAACCCUACCACCCACAAGCUCACCAAUGGGAUGAAGGAGAUUGUCGAGUCGUUCGGGUUUGAGUGGCGCACGGCUCCGGGCGAGGCAGAGGCUGAACUAGCUUAUCUUAAUCGAAUUGGGGUCAUUGACGGUAUUCUUUCGGACGAUGUGGACAAUUUCUUGUUUGGGGCCAGGACAGUCAUCCGCAAUUCGAGCAAUAAUCUCUCUGGAAACCGCUCAAACCCUUCCCUCAACGCGAAUGGAAAGGACGACAAGAACCAUUCGCGCGUUUUUCGGAUGCAAGACAUUGAAACCCACCCCGACAUUGAAUUAACACGCGGGGACAUGAUCUUAAUUGGUCUAUGCAGCGGUGGCGACUACGACACCAGUGGAAUGACCGGGUGCGGUCCCAAGAUUGCUCGUGGACUAAUUCGUUAUGGCUUAGGUCGGUCCCUUUAUGAUGCAGCGAAAAACCUCUCGCGCGAGCGGCUCCAGACUUUCUUGCACGACUGGCGGAACCAGAUGCGCCACGAGCUGCGCACAGACUCCAGGGGGUUCAUAGGCCGCAAGCAGGUCUCUCUAUCCAACAAAAUUCCUGACGCGUUUCCUGAUGUCGACAUUUUGCUUUCCUACGUCAACCCGCUCACUUCCGAGUCACUGGGCCGCUCAUCGGAUAACCUCAAACUCACCUGGGGGAAGGAACCUGAUCUAGGCAAGCUGGCGAAGACUUGCGAGUUUUAUUUCGAGUGGGGGUACCGCAACAUGAUCAUCAAGCGCUUCAAGACCGUUGUUUGGCAUGGUGCUGUACUUAGGAUAUUGCGACGGGGAGUUUUGGAGCUGGAUGGUCGACGUGGCAUGCUGCCGAUGACACCCCGCAAGACCAAAAGCGGACUACCUGCUGCCGAAGGGACACCGUCCAAAAUGAUCGCGAAACAUUUCUCGUCCUUAACCGUCAACGACAACUCUGACGACGAGGAAGAAGAUAGCCCGUUAAUUGCGAAGAUUACGCGCUCCAGAGAGCAUGCUUCGACGGAUGCUAUUUUGGAAUAUCGGCUCGAGAUCCACCCACAACAGCUCGUCCGUCUUGCUGAGAGCGGUAUCCAAAAUAUUCGGCGGCCAGAAGAUGCUGACGAGUACCCCGAACUGGCUGAGGCUGGCUUUUCGGACAACGACGACGACGGCCCCAGCAAGGGCAAGAAGAAGUCGAAAUGGCAGGAGCUGUCGGAGGAAGAACAACGCGAAUUGGAAUCGAAGCCUUUGAUGGUGUGGAUGCCGGCCUGUAUGGUCCGUAUCGCAGAACCGAGACUGGUUCGAGAAUGGGAGGAACGCGAGGAGACGAAGCAACUGAAGAAAGCCGGGAAAGGACGAGCGAAGAAAGUCAAGGAAAAGUCGGAUGAUGAGGAAAAGUCCCCGAAAGUAGCAACCAAACCGAGGGCGAGGCCGAAGGGCACCGCCGCUGCCCCCAAAAGAACAUCGACCAAAUCGCAACCAAAACUGAAGGCGCCAUUGUUUGCUGAAGAAGAGGAAGAAUCCUCUGACCCUGUUUCCCCGCCUCCCCAAGUCGCUCAUCCAAAACCGAAGAAGGGAUUUUACGUUGAUGUCCUAACGGAUGAAGAGAAUGAGGGCGAUGUGUUACCGGCAUUUCCUAGCAUUUCGAAACCAAGGCCGCCUCCAGGCGUUGUUCGUGAUCUUACUCUCCCUCGAGCUUCUGGCAGUUCGAAAGUGCCCAAAGACAACAUCAAAUCGGUAGAGGAUCCUUUCUCCCAACCAGCGGUCCGGGAUUUGACACGACCACAAACAAUGUCCAAGCCUGCGGUCAGAGCAUCGACGACCAAGCCCAAAAAAGUAACUUCGGGCUCGGGCUUGAACACUGCCCAACUGCAAGCCAACAUGAAUGAUUUCUUUCCGCUUGCAAAGGCGAUGGCAAGGAAAACCCAAAGUAAAGCCACUCAGUCGGCUCCGGUCCCAUUACGACCUGCUGCUGGGUCUCAACCAAGUAGCGGACUCUCCGCGCCCAUACAAUCAGAAGAUCCUCCCAAGCCACUUCUGGGGCGAGUGAUCGAAAACGAGAACACACCUGUCUUGGAGCUCACACCCUCCAAACUGUCGCUUCGCCCGUUUCCUCUUUCAUUCGAUGAUGAUGAUCAGCUCCUUCUUUCGAGAACGACAACGACGACGACAAGACGCAGGGACUCGGACCCACCGGAUGUGCCAACGAGUGCAAUCAAUAAAUCGCCUCGCAAAUCCCAGAAGCAUACCUCUCCGCGAAGUCGUCUCACUUCCAGAGCGGGGUCGCGGUCGCCGAGUCCGACACCCAGGUAUAGGAGGCUGAUACCGAAGCAGAAAAUGCAAGGCAACGUUAUCGAGAUCAUGUCCAGUGAUGAGGAACCCGUGCGACCACGGCGGCCAGUGGCACGAGUGGUGAAAGUCAUAUCGGAUGAUGACAUCAUCGACGUGAGCGAUUAG